AUGACGUGUCCGAGGCUUCUUGCUGCAUCGACGAGUUCCAGACCGAGUCAGAACUCUGAGGACUUAAAGAUGUCGGAGGAACGAGAGAAGUUAUCUAAAGUCAUCCGGCAGUGGAACAGCUCCAGACUGGACCUGUUUGAGAUCAGCCAACCUGACGAGAACCUGGAGUUUCAUGGCGUCAUCCGUUUCUACUUUGAGGAUCCCUUGAAGGGAAACGUGGCCACAAAGUGUCUGCGUGUUUCCAGCAACGCUCCAAGUCGAGAGAUUGUUGAAACUCUGUCGGAGAAGUUCAGGCCCGACCUGAAAAUGCUGUCGACGGGAUUUUCUCUUCAUGAGAUCCACUCCACUGAAGAGCGUAAACUGAACCAAGAUGAGAAACCUUUGAUUGUCCAGUUAAACUGGAAGUCGGACAGCCGAGAAGGACACUUUGUUCUGAAGAAAGACGGGGACACUUUGGAGGAAAACCGUCAUGAGACUGAAAAAGGAGGCGUCCUUCAAACCUUUAAGAGGACGCUGUCAAGGAAAGGAAAGAAAGAGACGAGCACGAUGACAGAUGAGAACAGGACUCAAGAACAGGAUCUGAAACCGAGCCAGACUCUGCAGGAGAAACAGCCUGAAUUACCCGUCAGACUCCAGAUCAGUGAUAAUGCUGAAGAGGCCUUCCUGUCAGCAGUCAUAAAUUACACCAACAGCACCACAGUCCAUUUCAAGCUCUCGCCUGCGUACAUCCUCUACGCUGCAGGCCGGUUCGUUCUGCGUUGCCACGACAGCCGAGGCUCUCCAUCAACAGGAAACGUGCACCCUGUGACGUCUAUCACGAACAAAAUGGUGGCCAUGACGAGGAGCGUUAUCCAGAGACAGCAGACGAUCGUGGGUGCUCUGACCUUCUGGAUGUCCAACUCCUCUGAGCUGCUGAACUUCCUCCAGCACGAUGAAGACCUGAGCCCGCUCACACAGCAGAGUCAGCUGGACCUGACUCACCUGGUGCACAGAGCCUACAGUCUCCUGCUUCAGUGUCUUCAGAACGAGCUGAGGAAACAUUUACCAACUUUCCUGACAGAUCCUGAGCAGCACGCAGCGCCGCCACCAGAGACGGUGCUGAACACCUUGACGAACGCCAUGUCUCUGCUUCGCCGCUGUCGGGUCAACCCCGCUCUCACCAUCCAGCUCUUCUCUCAGCUCUUCCACUUCAUCAGCGCUUGGCUUUUUAACCAGCUCGUCCACCCAGAUGCCAAGAGUCCGGGCCUGCGCUCCCAUUACUGGGGAUGUGUUCUGCAGCAGAGGCUGGCUCCCAUCGAAGCCUGGGCCGAGAGGCAGGGCCUGGAGCUGGCUGCCGACUGCCACCUGGGCCACAUUGUACAGGCUACCACUCUUCUGACCAUAAACAAGUUCUCGCUGUGGGACGCCGAGAACAUCCAGAGCGCCUGCUUCAAGCUGAACUCUCUGCAGGUGUGGGUGCUGUUGGAUGGCUACCUCUGUGCAACCAAUGAGCCUCACAUCCCCCCUGAGUUGAUCGAUGCUGUGGUCGGAGCUGCUGAGGCCUCGGCAGACGUUCUGAUCCAGAGUGAGGGACGGGACGUCCGGCUGGAGGAGAGUCUCGACCUCCACCUGCCGUUCCUGCUGCCGGAGGGGGGGUACUCCUGCGACACCAUGAGAGGCGUCCCUCCAGGGUUCCAAGAGUUUCUGGAGCAGAUUUGUCAGAAAGGUCUCUGCAGUUUGACACCGCAGCUAAAAUCCAAAGGUGACUGGACGGCGUGCUUCAGAGAAUUAUCUCAAGCUGAGGGCGACACAUGUGUGGAAGUCAGCCGACAGCCGGAGGUUGAGACGGUGACGCUGCACAAACCUCUGAACGGCGGGAUGGGGAUCAGCAUCGUAGCUGCCAAGGGAGCAGGCCAGGAGAACGUCGGUAUCUACGUUAAAUCUAUUGUCAGGGGAGGAGCAGCUGAAAUGAGUGGGAGGUUAGCAGCCGGAGAUCAGCUGCUCAGUGUGGACGCUCAAAGCCUGGUUGGACUCAGCCAAGAAAGGGCAGCAGCCAUCUUGAUGCAAACUGGUCCCAUUGUGACCUUACAGGUCGCAAAGUUUGGAGCGAGCUACCACGGCCUGGGAGCGCUGCUGAAUGGACCGCCCUCUGACAGUGCAGGUCAGAACCUGAGAAAACAUCAAGGGGGUGAAGACCACCCUAAAGGAGCCUCCACGCUGGAUGGUGUCGUGGACCGGUGUCCCUCAGGGUGGCUCCUCCGGGGCAGCAGAAGACAGAAGGAGCAGAGAAACAGGCAGCUCUACUGCUCCGACCCCAACAUGGCCGCAGACUUUGACCUGCAGCUUGGAUCAGAACCAGAUGACCCUGAUGACCAAAGAAACUUGGUGUCAUCAGUUUCCAGCAUGAACCUUUGCACUGACACAUUUCACAGGGAGUACUUGACGCUCCCAAACCCGAAAUCCAGGGACAGAGUUGUGUCUGAACUGAGCCGGCCACAGCAAACCCUGAAAAUGUCUCGGAGUCCGUCAGAUGGACCGAGCUCCUCCAGCAGAACCCUGAUGCGUCAGGCUCGCUCGCAGGACAACUUGAGCGUGGACCGUGGAGGACACCUGCUGGACAAAAGACACAACUCCCCGGCACGGAAGGACCGAGCGCCGUCGUUCCCGAUACGCUCGAGCGUUUCUACCGACGACGUCCUCUCCCGUCGCAGUUCUCCCUCAAAGCGUGGCAGCCACAGAAGUCCUGCAGGUGUCUGGAGAACGCCCUUCUCGCAGCAGUCCACACCUGCGCCUUCAGUCCAGCCGAUGCGCAUCGACAUCCCUCUGACCCGAGCGGCGAGCGCGCAGUCAAACCCUCCGCUCUCCACCUUCCAGCUCAGCUCUUCUCUGGUGCAGAAGAAAAGGAACGAGCAGAGCCGAGGUGCUCGGGUCCACGAGAGCUCAGUACCUGCAGCCAAGAAGCCUCUUCGGCCUCCGGUUCUGUGGCAGCAGCAAAGACCCCCCACGUCUGGAGACGGAGCAGAACAGCCCCGAGCGAGCAUCCCUCCUACGAAACACGUCUCCUUCCAAGAACCGCCCCGCAAGCAGAACACCACAGGUCCCGUAAAGCCGAGAGACCACCAGGAGCUGCGUGACCCCUGGAGGAGGGAGGCCCAGGAGAAACUGCAGGAGCAGUGCAGGCUUCAGGCCGUGGAGCUCCUCCACCAGGAGGUGCGGCUGCUUCGGGCCAAGGACGAGCGAACGGCGGAGGAGAACGAGCGACUCCGGAGGCUCAACCUGGAGCAGCAGUUUCAGACGAGGCUGCAGGAAGUUCAAAGCAGAGGAGAGGAAGAGGAGGAGGAAGACGAGGGUUUGGACAUGACGGUGGUCCUGCAGCGGCUCGGAGACCAAACGUCAAAAACCGAGACGACCAGAUGCUCCGAGGGCAGCGAUCGUUGGGAGCAGAAAGAGAAGCCCCCCCACAUCAAACGCAAAGACGGCCUGAAGCACGAAGACCACGUGACACCAGAUGAAAACCUGGAGUUGAAGACCAAGAGUGUGCCGGCUCCUGAAAAGCUUCCGUUCAGGGAGCGUCAGCGUCUCUUCACCGUGGCAUCGAGCGCAUAA